AUGUUCCUGCUGGUGGACGGGCUCAGGGAAACCAGCGCUGGUGCUGCCUUUUGCGCCCAGAGAUUUCACACCUUCCUCCUGCCACGGCUGAGCUCUCGGCAGGAUGAGCCAGAGGACUUUGAGCUGAUCGACAUGGUGAACCAGGCCAUCGAGGAUCUGGACAAGUCCUUGCUGGAGAGCAAUGCUCGCUAUGCAGGCUGCGGCUUGGCUUUGCUGCUGGUCCUCGGCCAGCGGGUGCUGGUGGCCAACGUCGGCAACAUCCGCGCUGUCAUGUGCACACCCCCCAAGGCGGAGAAGCCGUCGAAAGAUAUGUGGAAUAUUCGACCGCUGGUCGGCGGCGGCCGCAGCGGCCGACCACUGGCGGAGGUGCAGAGACUCGAGCGGCUGCGGAGGCUUAAGGAGUACGCGCCCCUGGACUUCGACGGGAAAGUCGGAGAGACGCUGAGCGCUGCCAGCGCCACGGACGCGGAGCUGCAAGCGAUCAGCGACCCCCAGAAGCGGGCCAUGCAGCGGGUGUCGCGGGCCGCGCAUCAAUUUGCCGCCCUGGGCUUUUCUGCCACGGAGGCGAUGACUGCCACGCCCGCAAGCGUGCAGAAGGCAGUCGAGGACUAUGAGAAGCUCGUCGGGACAUCGGAUGGGUCACCCAUCUAUACGACGGCCCUAGGGCGGGUCAAGGCUGCUGGCAAAGCGGUGGAGGCGAUGCUGAGUUUGGAUUCCUUUGGCACACAUCAGCUGGCAGAGCUUUGCUAUGCCAUGGACGAAGAGGGUGGCAUCCUGCCGCAGAAGCGAGCGGCCACCAUCCUCGGUGUGGAGCCCGGCUGCGGCGAGGCGGUGGCGCACGCCCAGGUGGAGACACGGUACCGGGCAGUGCUCAGCAACCUGGCGGGGGCCUCUCCGGAGGGCGCUGAUCGGGCCUGGGGCAUCAUGGGGGAGGUGGUGGACUCCGCUGCCCGGCCGGUGGCGCAGCUCUGGGCGCCGGCGCCGGAGAACCGGGGCGUGUCCGCGGCGCGCGCCAUGGGCCUGCGAGAUCUCAAGAGGCCGCGGAAGCUGAUUGGGCUCGAGGUGGUCAGUGAGGUCAUCCACGUGGAGGACAAUAGCACGGUUUGCCUCAUGCUCCUCACAGAGGGCAUGCGCGAGGUGUCCGAGGCCCAAAUAGCGGAAGCGGUCACGCUGCACAAAGGCAAGCCGAAGGCGGCCUGUCUCCGCAUUGGUCACAGCGUCCUUGAGAGCAGGAAGAAGGAGACGUCUUCAUCCGAUCAGGUGAAUGCAGUGGGUGCAUUAGCUGCAUAUAUCGAUGUCAACGAUGACAUCGUGACGGCGGUCAACCCUGAGAAGAAGCUGAAGACGGCGGAUGGGAGAUGUAUGCCCUCGGCGAAACCACCUUCCAGGAUUCGCAUCGCUCACAUCCUGGUGAAGUGUCAGCCAGCGAGCGGCCCCGCGCCCUCAGAUCCGCAGGCACGAAGACCUGCGCCUGCGGACCGGACACAGGCGGACGCCGAGGCCCAGCUUCUGAAGCUCAUGGAGGUGCUGCUAGACGUGCACCGAAAGGGCCCAGAAGCCGGCGCGCAAAAGCGGCUCAGCGCGAAGUUUGCGGAGCUUGCGAGGGAGCACUCGGACUGCAAGUCGGCAACUUCGGGAUCAUUGUCGGAUUUAGGCUGGAUCAGUCAAGGUCAGAGUCAGCAAGGGAAGGAGUUCGAUGCGGCAGCAUUCGAGAUACCUGUUGGUGGCCUCAGCGACAUCAUCGUCACCCAGCGAGGUGUUCACAUUCUGCACCGCCUUGCAUGA